CCCCAGAUGGGUCGUUUCAAAACUUAGACCGUUAAGGUUUUGGUUGAAGUUCAAAUUCCCCGCAACGAAUGUGGGGAUUUUUCACUUGUUGCAGUCGACUGGGACGAUGAGUCAUUGGUGAUAAGCUUCUCGCAAGAAUAUUUUAGUCGCGUUCGGCGCAUUCAUCCAAACAUUAUGAAUAAGAAGAUCAAGCCUGUCGGAAUGCCAUGGUCCUCAGGUCGCUUGUUGACCAGUGCAGAAAGAGACCGUAAACGAAGGAUGAACCGGGAAUCUCAACUCCUUCGCCUGGAAAGAAUGAAGGAACGCCUACAGGCCUUUGACUCGCGGCUAGGCAAGGUAGAGGAGCAUUAUGACCGACUUUGCCCUACGAAGUCCACGGCGCAGCCCCCUUCACAGCCGUCCUCUCAGAACUGCUCUGAAUUUACGGAAGAGCUUUCACUGGAGGGCGAUUUCCCAUCAGUUCAAAAUAUUCCACUACCUUUAUCAGCCCCCCGCUCAUUCUACCUCAUCCAGACCCCCUCCGCGUCAAGCAUGCCACCCCUGCCAUCCCUCGUCUCCAGAGCUGACCAGAAUACUACUCUUCGUGGUUACCUCGACGACGUGCUAGGGAGUGUGUUUUCGGUGGACCCCCUAGAAGUUUGCACGAAUGAUAUUCACAACCAAGAUGCUUUAAUUCGAGGAGUUGUCCUAGGAUGGAAUCAUCUUCGGAAGGAAAGCUUCAACUGUCCCUUAUGGAGAAUUCUCUCUUGGACAGAUGAGUUGUUAACAGUCAGAACUGCAAUAGCCACUAGGCUAGCCCUACUUCGGGGAGUGCACCUCAUGCUCAUAAAUUUUGUUUCUCCGGAUCGGGCUCCAACUAUUCCGAGAUGGUUUAGACCUGGGAAACCUCAACUUUCUAUCCCACAUCAUGUAACAUGCGAUUAUUUUGCAUGGCCUCGGUUCCGGGAUCGGCUAAUAAUCUCUGAUUACCCAAAGCUGGAUAAUGCUUUCUGGAGUCAUUUUAUUGGAAACGUUCGUUUUGCAUGGUCGUUCUCGCCAGAUCGUACGAUUGAAAUGGAUGAAACUUCCAGCAAAUACCGAUUCUCGAAUCAAUUCCUCGAGGCCACCCAAUCAAUGCAGAACUUCAGAAUGGACCUAGAAUUUUUUUAAGUUUAUCCAACAAGUUUUGAUGAUAUGAGAGUCCUAUCGGAGCCUUAGACAAAGGCAAACCGACUAUUUCAAUGCCUAUUUUCCUGAUGGACUCAACGCCGGAAGGUUCGCAGGCUACUCCGGCUACACUUAUCUAUGUAUAAUUAGUUACAACUUGUCUUUGUACCUCGCUGAUCAAGGGCUGGCUUAUGGAUAACGCAAGUAGUUACUUAGUGCGCACUGGACAUCCUUGGUAAAUUCGCAAUAG